AUGAUGGUGCACUGUGCCGGCUGCGAGCGGCCCAUCCUCGACCGCUUCCUGCUGAACGUGCUAGACCGCGCGUGGCACAUCAAAUGCGUCCAGUGCUGCGAAUGCAAAACCAACCUCUCGGAGAAGUGCUUCUCCCGCGAGGGGAAACUCUACUGCAAGAAUGACUUCUUCAGGCGCUUCGGGACCAAGUGCGCAGGCUGUGCUCAGGGCAUCUCGCCCAGUGACCUGGUGCGCAAGGCACGCAGCAAAGUCUUUCACCUCAACUGCUUCACGUGCAUGGUGUGCAACAAGCAGCUGUCCACCGGCGAGGAGCUCUAUGUCAUUGACGAGAACAAGUUUGUGUGCAAAGAGGACUACCUGAGCUCCUCCAGCCUCAAGGAAGGCAGCCUCAACUCAGUGUCAUCCUGUACGGACCGAAGUUUGUCCCCGGACCUCCAGGACCCGCUCCAGGACGACCCUAAGGAGACGGACAACUCGACGUCGUCGGACAAGGAGACAGCCAACAACGAGAACGAGGAGCAGAACUCGGGCACGAAGCGGCGCGGGCCACGCACCACCAUCAAGGCCAAGCAGCUGGAGACGCUCAAGGCUGCGUUCGCCGCCACCCCCAAGCCCACGCGCCACAUCCGCGAGCAGCUGGCCCAGGAGACAGGCCUCAACAUGCGGGUCAUCCAGGUGUGGUUCCAGAACCGCCGAUCCAAGGAACGCAGAAUGAAGCAGCUGAGUGCGCUGGGCGCCCGGAGGCACGCCUUCUUCCGGAGUCCGCGGCGCAUGCGUCCGCUGGGGGGCCGCCUGGACGAGUCCGAGAUGUUAGGGUCCACUCCAUACACCUACUACGGAGAUUACCAAGGCGACUACUACGCGCCAGGAGGCAACUACGAGUUUUUCGCGCACGGGCCGCCCUCGCAGGCACAGUCCCCCGCCGACUCGAGCUUCCUGGCCGCCCCAGGGCCCGGCUCGACACCCCUGGGUGCGCUGGAGCCGCCUCUGGCCGGGCCGCACGCAGCAGACAACCCGCGCUUCACCGACAUGAUCUCGCACCCCGAUACGCCGAGCCCCGAGCCCGGGCUCCCCGGCGCGCUGCACCCGCUGCCCGGAGAGGUGUUCAGCGGAGGCCCCAGCCCGCCCUUCCCGCUGGGCGGCGCCGGCGGCUACAGCGGACCCCUGUCACACCCCAACCCCGAGCUCAACGAGGCCGCGGUGUGGUAAGGCCCGCGGGCCGCCAGCCAGGGACAUAGUUCCCCCGAAACCAAAAUCGCCCGACGGCGCGGCCUCACAGUCGCCCCCACUCCUCAUGGCUGGGUGCAGGGGACCCCCCUUCUUGGGACCAAAGCCAGUCAUCCUCCGGAGGGUCGGGAGAUGCCCAGCGCCCCACCAGCUCCCCCCCAGGGGGGAGCCCCAGCCGCCCCGCCGCGCGGCUACCUCCUUGGACCAAGAAAGGGGGGUCGAUUUUUUGCACCCCCUUCUGCAAUCCGAGCGGCAUUUUCUAAUCUUAUUUUUCACUCUGCCUUCCCCGUCUUUGGAAAAAAAAAAAAAAAGAUGAUGAGAAAAAGAGACUGAAGGGAGAGAGGGAAAAAAAAGCGAGCCAGGAGCGCGCUUGAGAUAGGGGCGGUAAGGGGGGCGCCCCGACGGGAAGGCAGAUCCACUUGCGCGCCGGCGCCCUCUGGUGGCCGGUCUUCAGGAUCAAGGUCAGUGCUUCCAGGGAGGGGCGGGGGGAGUCCACGGCCAGACCCUCCCAGCCCCUCCCUGCUCGGAUUUUGCUUUGAGCCCGGGGGUCCAGGCCAGACUUGAACUCUCGCCGAUCCUGUCCUCCGCCCCCACCCGGGCGCGGUGCCAAGAUUUCUGGGCUUCGGCCCACGGAC